CCAGCUGAUUUCUAGCAUUUUAAGGCUCGGGAGAGAGCCAGGAUGAGCAGGGACAAGGUGGAAAGACUUUCACCGAGGAGGGUUCGUCCGGAUCCCUAAAAAUCUGGAAGAAAUUAGGGUGCGGAUUGGGCAAAGGCAAAAAUCCAAGCCAAAUUCCCGGGCUGCCUGGAGCUAGAGGUUCCUCUGCAAGCCGGCCGGGCCAGGACCCUAGGCAGCCUGACCGACACAGAGGAAGCAGCCGAGAAGAGGAGGGGAUCCGAGGGUGCACAUUUAACCACAUCCGUGCCUCCGCUCGAAAUUUUUGCAAGCGUUUUGUCACCGGUCCCCUCCAUUUUGAAAGAAAAAAAAAAGGAGGGGGUGGUGGGUGGAUUUUCUUCCUUUUGAGCCUGGAGGAGCUGGAGCGGGCAAGGCUGCGCUCAUGGCUUUCAGCCCCUGGCAGAUCCUCUCUCCCGUCCAGUGGGCGCGAUGGACUUGGUCCGCCGUACGGGGCGGAGGCGAGGAGGAGAAGGAGGAGGAUUCCCAAGCGGAGACCAAAUCCUUGAGUUUCAGCUCGGAUUCUGAAGGUAAUUUUGAGACCCCUGAAGCGGAAACACCCAUUCGGUCACUUGAAAAGGAACUCAGUGAUCCAUCACGGGCAUUAAAUGGACCUCGGGCCAAUACCCCAGAGUUGCAGGAAGAUGAUGAACAACUGAUAGCAGAAGUUUCUGAAAAAUCUUUGCCGGAGACAUGCCCUGGGCCCCCCAAGAAUGAAGUGCAGGAACACUGUCCAGACCCUAACUCCAGCCAGAAUUUUAGAGUAGAAAGUGAUCUAGAAGUUGGCACCAUUUCAGCAGUGACUCCAUCUUCCCCAGAAGCUGAGAGGCCUGAGGAUAUCCCGGCAGUUGAGGAGCACGUGACAUCCACAGAUGAAUCCACAGGACUCCAAGUUGGGGCAAUGACCACAGGUGUUAUGGUGCUUCCACAGCGGGGUCCCACAGACACCGAACUGAAGACCGGUCCAUUGAUUUCAGAAACUGGGCCCUGCAGGAGCAAGCUCAAGAAACCCAAGCCCAUCAGUCUGAGAAAGAAAGCAACCGCAGGAGAGCAGCCAGAAACCGAAGCUGUGGUGGAGGUGCCACCUCUCCACAAAGCAUCCUAUCCAUUCAAUCCAGAUAAUUUUGAUGAGAAUACCAAUCCCUUUGGGAGAGAAGAUGCCAAGAUCCAGAAUUCUCCCCCCUCAGCGAAGAAAGUCCCAACAACCUCCAGUGGUGGCACCGAUGACUCAGGGGUGGAGUUACAGGAAGACUCCGGAAGCUCUCCUUUGAAAAUGGAAUUUGAUUUUCCAGAAGGCGCGGAAAACCCAGAAGCUAAAGCCGCCCCUGCAAAGAAACUUGGCCGAAAGUUAGUCAGCAAACUGACCCCUAGAAGACAAAAAGAGGGAAUUGGCAGGCCACCAUGUGGGGAAGUAACUGCAGGGACAACCAAGGAGGAAGUUCUUCCCAAGGGCACCUCCAAGCUGGAUCCCACCCAGUGGGAUGACCCCAACUUUAACUCCUUUGGGGUCAAGUCCACUUUGCAGAAUUCCCCACCACUCCCGAAAGGGUCAUAUCAUUUUGACCCUGAUAACUUCGAUGACUCCAUAGAUCCCUUUAAACCUACCAAUUCUUUAACCAAUACUGAACCAGCUGAUUUUUGUUCCAAUGCCAGUCAUCAUGUCAAUGAAAUCUUAGACUCUCAGCCAUAUGAAGUACAGGGUGAGGACAUGAAGAAAGGGAAAGCAUCACCCAAGAAGGCAAAGUCGCGUUUAAUAACGACUACUGAACAAGUGAAAUUUCUCUGUUUUCUGUUGAGUGGCUGUAAGGUGAAGAAAUAUGAAUCUCAAUCCCUUGUUUUGGAUGUGCAUGCUCAGGGUGACGGAGCAGUGAUCUCUCAAGCCCCAGACAUUUCUAAUAGGGAUGGCCAUGCCACUGAUGAAGAGAAACUGGCCUCCACUUCAUCCAGCCAGAAACCUUCUAGAGCUGAGGUGAAAGGUGAGCCAGAAGACGACCUGGAGUACUUUGAAUGUUCCAAUGUUCCUGUGUCUACCAUACAUCAUGCGUUUUCAUCCUCAGAAGCAGGUUUAGAAAAGGAGCCAUGCCGACAGAUGGAUAAAGAUGGAUCCAGCGUAUCUGUUGUGUCCGAUCUGCACUCAUUAGAGAAAGCCCCUGUAUCUGUGGCCUGUGGAGGUGAAAGUCCUUUGGAUGGCAUUUGCCUCAGUGAAUCAGAUAAGAUGGCGGUCCUCACCUUAAUAAGAGAAGAGAUAAUAACUAAAGAGAUUGAAGCAAAUGAAUGGAAGAAAAAAUACGAAGAGACCCGACAAGAAGUUUUGGAGAUGAGGAAAAUCGUUGCCGAAUAUGAAAAGACAAUUGCUCAAAUGAUAGAAGAUGAACAGAGAACAAACAUGACGUCUCAGAAGAGUCUCCAGCAGUUGACCAUGGAAAAGGAACAGGCCCUGGCUGAUUUGAACUCUGUGGAGAGGUCCCUGUCUGAUCUGUUCAGGAGAUACGAGAACUUGAAGGGAGUCCUGGAAGGGUUUAAGAAGAAUGAAGAGGCUUUGAAAAAAUGUGCUCAAGAUUACUUAACCAGAGUUAAACAAGAGGAACAGCGAUAUCAGGCCCUGAAAAUCCAUGCAGAAGAAAAACUAGACAAAGCCAACGAAGAGAUUGCUCAAGUACGCACAAAAGCAAAAGCUGAGAGUGUGGCUCUCCAUGCUGGGCUUCGUAAAGAACAGAUGAAAGUGGAGUCCCUAGAAAGAGCUCUUCAGCAGAAGAACCAAGAAAUUGAAGAAUUGACCAAGAUCUGUGAUGAGCUGAUUGCCAAGCUGGGAAAGACCGAUUGAACCUCUCCUUCUGCUGAUUGAACAAAUCUACGCUUGGCUGCUUUCUUGUGACUCCAAGCACCUUGCCUUACCCAGGAAUAUUCUCCCCAUAGCAAAGAAAAAGCACAUGCAUACUGCACCUGUUAAGCUUUGCUGCAGAUUCCACAGCCCUGGAAGAAAUUCUAGAGAGCUACACAGUCACUUAGUAUUGUUUUCCCAGCCUCAGAUUUCUUUGAAUUAGUCAGUAGUCAGAGUCAGUAGAACAUUAGACUAGUAAGUUUGGGUUUGUGGAUUUUGUGAUGGCAUUUUUUUUGUUUUUGUUUUUUUUAGUCAGCAGUUCCACAGUCAGCUCUAUAAAUUCCAGGGGCUGAUCCAGAUGUGACAGGUUUGAGGUCUUCUGCUUGCAGUCCCAAAUCUGAUUUUCAGCUCAUUUUGCCUUAUUUUAUCUUUAUUUCAAAUGGCUUUUGAUACUAAUGGAUUUGUCAGAGUGAAGGGAGCAUCUGAUGGGUCAGUAGGUAAUAAGUGCCAUUUAUUAAUCAGGGAUGGAUUCCUGAAGGUUGUGUAGCUUUGCCUCAGUUUUCAGAAAGUUACUAAUGCACAGGAUUGGUCUUUUAAAGGGCUAAAUAUGGACUUGUAGUGCCUCUGUCAAUCUAGGUUGGAGCAUAAUCAGAUCAUUCACCUGGGACCACCUUGGGUCCUUGGGAUGACAUGCUCUCCCAGUUUGGUAUUGCUGAAGCAGGUUUUGUUUAAUCAAAUGGAUUACUUUCUCAAGACUCUGGUCCAAGAAUUCAGUAAGAUAAUGGAAUGAUGGUCUUGAUUGCAAGCCCUUGCUUGCAUUUCUGCUGGUGCACUUUAAUGCCUAGCUCUAUGGUCAAGCCUUCGGGGUUCCCUAGCUUUUAGGAAAUGUGAUGACAAGGUCUUGGUUCCUUUAGAAAAGCUGCAUUGGUUUGAAGCCUUGCCAGUUUUCUGAACAGAUGCUUCCCUUUGGUGCUGAGGCAGAGGGGUGACAGAUUCAACAAAAAACUUUGCUCUGACCUGUGUAUUUUGAAGCCAGUCAGUCUUCUCCUCUGCUUUUUGGUUAGGAAAUGAACAUAUAUAUUUUUAAACAUAAUUGAUUUUUCAUGCCAGCUUUGAGAGAAAAAUCCCCUAUAAAGAGUUUAGAUCUCAUUAAAUAAGAAGAUGACUCCUGUUGCUCUCUGGUGACCAUGAGGAGAUUAAGGAAGAAGGGGCAAUUCUAAAUUUUCUUUCAGUAUUGCUAUAGCCAUGUGAUGUUUUGAGCUGUGAAUACAAAAUAAGAAAGUUUAAAACCUUAGGUCCCUAGGAUUUAAGCCAAACAAAACAAAAGGCAGUGUAAAAGCUGAGAAAGUCAAGACUUUCCUUUUUUUGUGGGGGGGGGGGGUAUUGCUAUUAAAAUUUCUUGCUUGUGCUAUGAAAGAUAGUAAAAAAAAAAAAAUUCACACAACUAAACCAUAUCCCAAUGGUUUUUAGAAGAGACUCAAACUUCAGAAAGUUUAGAUGGUAGCAUUCAGGGGUAUUUCCGGUGGAUUCCCUUUGGAAAGACCAGGCCGAAUUCGUGCAGACACAUUCAAGCUCUCUUUCCUUGUAGCCAAGUACCCAGAAGUCCUCAGAGCGAUUUACAGUAUAUUAAAUGUAUGUAGAUUUUUAUACUGUAUUUGUACUACUAUUGCAUGAUCAGCUUUCGCUUUGAGCUUUACCUGUUUGCACAGUGGAGACCCUCUCAUAUGCCAGAGGUAUUCAGCUUACUAUACCAUUUACAGUUCAUGUAGGUUCAGGAUUCUUCAACUACAGAUAAAUGUCCUUCUAAAGCUGAGUCGCAGUCUAUUAAUACGUAUUUUCCUUAAUUGGUGCUGAGGCUCUGUUCUAAAGCCUUUUCUCAAAAUUUGGUGGUUUUUUUUUUUUUUUUAAAAAAAAAGAACAUGAGUACUGAAAAUUUAAAGGUUGGGAGGGAAGUGACAGAUACCCUUUUUGGCUUUGAAAACGUUUACUGUGGCUUAAAAUGCAUCUUGGGCUACAGGUCUCAAUUCCAUUGGUUGAAAUGCCUCCAAUUAGUGGAAUAAGGGACAGAUUUUUCCCUCUUCAGCUCUGAAUUACCCAGGGAAAUACACUCUAGCAUUUUUCAGAAUUGAAGUCUACUGAUCUUACUUGCUGCUCUGCCUUCAUAGAAAUAGCCAAUCUAAUCUGUGUUGAGAAUGCCAAACAUAUCGUUCCUAUUUGAUUUAUGCCUAAAAUCUAUUUUAUUAACUGUAUUUUAUAUAAAGAGUUUAAGUGUUAAGAUGAAGGUGAUGACAAUCCUCUCCUAGCCCACAUGUACCAGUUUAGCAGGGCAUUAGGAAGUGGCUUUGCUGAGCAGGGUUAAAAGACCCUGUUGAAGAUGAGCCCCGAUGGCUCUCCUGGCAGCAGGCACAGUGACACUGGAACAUUAUCUUUUCAGUGGAAGGGCAAUUCCAGACAAAUGAGAGAAGUCGCCUAGGCUUCCAGCAGAUCACAGUAGGAAAAGUCAGGUGUGUGUUGUUUUUUUCAUUUGUUUUUUAGUUAUCAGAGGGCAACAGAUAAGGAUGCCCAGCAUAUAUGGCUUCCCAUUGCUAGAAGAGUGCAGCCUAGCGCUAGUCUUCAGCAUAUUUGAUAACUAAGGUACCUCUACUCUAGUACCUUAGUGACAGUCCAGCCAUGAAAACAGAGAAAACUGGCUAAACAUACUGAACAGUAUAUUAAUCUACAUGUUUGACUUUGCCAAUGUGCAUAUUCUUAUCUAGAAUUCUUUUAAGAGAAACUGAUAUUUUCUAGGAGGAAUUAGCAAUUUUUCAUUUGGUCAUGGUUACAAUCAAUGCUGGUUGCGCCUCAAAAGGUUUGCUUUAUUUGGAGAAGCGCCUUCAAGUCUAGUUGCUUGACUGACCUAACCAAAGCUCUUCUGCAAAAUUGGUUUGAAAACAUUGAGAGAAGUAACUUUCUCACAUGAUUUUUGGCCCUCCUUGCUCUUUCAGCCCCAGCCCGAAUUAGGAAGUGCAAAGUCACGUGAAAGAUAAUGAGGGUUUGGAAGUAGGCCAGUUUAGAACCUUUGAAAGAGAUUCAGUUCUGGUUUUUUGGAAGAUAGUUUAAGCAUGAAACCUUUUAACCCAAACUAGUCAAAUUUCUCACCAAGCCCACUUCACAUCCCUCUCCCACACCCCCUGCCCCACCGCAUUCUAAGCCCUUACAAAAAAUAGAUUCCCUGAUGUAAAGCACUGAGAUUCACAAACACAUUUGCCAAAUGACUCUGGAGUGGUACUUUGAAGACCUCAUCACAGCAUCAUGUCCUACAACUCCACUUUCACUGUACAUUUUAAAAAGCCUCUCUAGCAACUCCGAAGCCAAAAUCCACGUUGUUGAAAAGGAUACAAUUUGAUUAGAAUGACUUCUGUUCACAUGAGUAAUUCUGAGUGAGGUGAAAGAAAUGUAAUGAAGACUUUUCUAGGGAGAAAAUUAUGUAGCCUCUUUUGGCUUUGUUUUUACUGUUAGACAAAUUUUGAAAAUGGGUACAAAUUGCAUCUAUUUCUCCUUUCUGUGAAUUUUAUAAUUAGGUAAAUCCUAGUCCCUGAUAGGAUCCCCUCACAAACUAUGGUUUCUCCCUUUAGGUCUCUUGUUGGGAAACCUGAAACGAGGUCUUAAGUAAAAAUAGCAGGACCACGUUUUCAGCACUGGCUGGGCUUCUGUUUUGAAGAACAGAAUAGAGAGAAAGAAAAAAUUUGCUUACUGGAGAACAAAAGCAAAAAAAAAAAAAAGAAUCUGGCAAUCAAUUCUUAGUAUAGGGUUCAGGGGGACUUAAUCCUCAGAGUUUAAAAUAUAAAAUAGUAAAGUAUCGGAAGAAAUCUUAACCUCACCCCAAAUAGAUGAAAUUUGAUUAGCUCAGAUGUUUUCCAUAAAAUUACCAACUCAGCAUCUUAAGAAAAAGCAAUGUCCUGUGCUAGCUGAAUUUAGAGAAGAUUUUUCAGUUUGAAAGGUAACUGAAAGAGUAGACUUUUCUCUAAAGGCAUCUUUUGCGGAUGGGACAUCUAAAAGACAGUAUUUUAUAGUGGAGAUCUGUUCCCAUAGGCCAGAAUGAGUAUCCUGGAAUCUUUUGCACUUUCGUGGUUUUUGUCUAAAUGCAGUUCCCAUUUCUGUGCCUCUCAGCAUGCAGUUAGGUUUGGACAAACAAGAUUCCUAAGGAAUGAUUUAUUAACUAUAAUAUGGUUAUAGUUGCUAUAUAAAUAUAUAUUAUGGUUAUAGUUCUAUAUAAUGGAGGCUUUGCGUGUAAUUUUAGGCCUGUGGCAUCUUGUAUACUCCUUUAAUACCUUACUGGGGGCCAGGCUUGAAGCUGUGAUGUGGGCAGAUGUCGUCUUCCUUGUAUCUUCAUUUUAGAAUUGUACAACAUACCACUUUGCCCCCUCUUCCUCUAGGUGGUAUUUGGAGUGGGCUCUGAAACAUUUAUUCCCUCUUCACAUUCUUAGUGAUUUUUAUGCUUUAUGUCUGAUGUAACUCUAAGGACUUGAUGACUAAGCCAAUCCCAAUCUAAAUUCAGGGAAAUUUGCAAGUAACCAUGUUCCAGCUUUAGAAGCCAGGCCCUCCCCUCUUUGUGAUAGAAUCCAGUCACCCCCUCUUAAUUCUCAAAGGUGCCAGUAAAAUACUCAGUGUUGCUGUUAGCAAGUGUACAUUUGCCAAUAGAUAUCCAUAUAUACUAAUGUGCCAAGAAGUGAAAUCCUAAUUGCACAUCGGCUUCCACUGUGUCCCUGUGACUUCCAUACAGUGAGUGAAUACCCUCCCUCUAGGAGGAAAGACUGUGGGUUGACUACUAUCAGGAUUGCUUUGUAAAUGUAAGGGUCAUCUACAUAAAUUUUAUAUGCACAAUAAUUUCCCUUUUUAUAUGUCAGGUAAAUAUUUGUAAGAGUUAUACUCACACAAAUGAGAUUAUUAUAAUGAUUACUAAUAUAUUUUUUCCAUGUCUCAUUGCCUGAAUAAAAACUGUUUACCACUGUUCAA